ACUCUUCGCUGAUAAGACGAUCGGCUGUAUAUAAACUACGGUUCGAUCGCGGAUACGUGCUCAGUUCGUUCGAUCGUGGUUCUGGAGGGUGCUUUUCCGGGUACCUUGGGUGUCUUGCUGGGUUUGUCUGAAGAAGACGUGAGGUGUAUAACUUGGUGAUGGUGUAAUGAGAAGAUAAAGCAAAGCCAAAGCUAUUCAAAACGAGCCUCCAAGUGGGUGACCAGUGUUCAAACAGUGAUACAAUCAUCUACCCAACAACUUCUUGUGUGAUCCUGGUGUGUGUGUGGCGAUGAUUUGUUGAUCAAAGGUCACAAAUAUCUAAGAGUUGUUCUUCACAUCGAUCCACAAUGCAACGUACAAUGAUGCUGAGCAAGCGGCAGCUGCAGAGCCUCUGCCGCACCGGCCUGACGCGCUACGAUGCGAUGUCCCUAGCGCCGCGGUUGGCCGUCUCCCUGCAGGGUAAUCUGCAGCUCCAGCGCUAUCUGGCUACGGUGGAGGAGCUGUUUCCCAACAAGCCGGACUUUGCCUCGCGCCACAUCGGGCCGCGCAAAACUGACGUCGUUACCAUGCUGAACUCGAUCGGCUUCAAGUCGCUGGAUGAACUGUCCGAGAAAGCCGUCCCGAACGCGAUCAAGUUCAAGCGGAUACUCAACAUCGAGGAUCCUAUGAACGAACACGAACUGAUCGAGCGGAUCCAGCAAAUCUCCAACAAGAAUGAGGUCUGGCGCUCGUACAUCGGCAUGGGCUACCACAACUGUCUCGUACCGCACCCGAUACUGCGAAACAUCUUCGAAAACCCUGGCUGGACGACACAGUACACACCGUACCAGCCCGAGAUCAGUCAGGGUCGGUUAGAAUCGUUGCUCAACUUCCAGACGCUCGUAACCGAUCUGACCGGGCUGGAGAUCGCCAAUGCAUCGCUGCUCGACGAAGGUACGGCAGCGGCCGAAGCGAUGAGCCUUUGCUUCCGUCACAACAAACGGCGCAAGGUGUUCCUGUCGCGCAAACUGCACCCACAAACUGUGGCCGUUGUGAAGACGCGCCUGGAAGCGUUCGGCAUUGAGGUGGUGUUUGGGUCGGUGAAGGAGAUCGACUUUGGAGAUCACGAGAUCUCGGGCGUGCUGAUGCAGUACCCAGACACCUUCGGAGAUGUGCAGGACUUUGAGCAGGUAUCGAAGGACUGCAAGAAGAAUGGAACGCUCGUGGUGGUGGCCACGGAUCUGCUCGCUCUCACACUGCUACGUCCACCGGCAGAGUUUGGAGCGGAUAUUGCCAUCGGGUCCGCCCAACGGUUAGGCGUUCCGCUCGGGUACGGAGGUCCUCAUGCAGCAUUCUUUGCCUGCCGCCAGAAACUAACCCGACUGAUUCCCGGCCGUAUGAUCGGUGUGACGCGCGAUAUGGACGGUGAGGAUGCGUACCGGCUGGCACUUCAAACCCGCGAGCAGCACAUCCGACGAGACAAGGCGACGAGCAAUAUCUGCACGGCGCAAGCACUGCUCGCCAACAUGGCCGCCAUGUACGCGAUCUACCACGGGCCCGAGGGUCUCAAGAACAUUGCUAACCGGGUGCACAACUGUGCGCUAGCGCUAAAUGCCGGCAUCGAGAAGGCAGGCCAUCAGCAGCUCAACAAGGCGUUCUUCGACACGCUGCACGUGGUCCCGAACGGUAUGACGACGGCCGAGAUCAAGGCCCGGGCGGAGGAGAAGAAGAUCAAUCUGCGCUACUUCGAGGACGGUUCGAUUGGCGUUUCGAUGGACGAAACGGUCAAGACGUCCGACAUUGCCGAUCUGCUGUGGGUGUUCGGCUGCCCGGACAUCGAUAGUUCCGUGGCCGAUCCGCAGGCCACCGGUCGCACUAUUCACAACACACAGUUCAAGCGAACUUCGCCCUUCCUGACGCAUCCGAUCUUCAACAAGCACCACAGCGAAUCGCGCAUGGUGCGGUACAUGAAGCAGCUCGAGAACAAGGACAUCUCGCUCGUCCACUCGAUGAUUCCGCUCGGCUCGUGCACGAUGAAGCUGAACUCGACGACCGAAAUGAUUCCCUGCUCGUUCCCGAAGUUCACCGAGAUCCAUCCGUUUGCGCCGCGCGAACAGGCCCAAGGCUACAUGCAGAUGUUUGCCGAGCUGGAGAAGGAUCUGUGCGAGAUUACCGGGUACGAUAAGAUAUCGUUCCAGCCGAACAGUGGCGCCCAGGGUGAGUACGCUGGGCUGCGAGCCAUCCGCAGCUACCACGAGUCGCGCGGCGAAAAGCAGCGCACGAUCUGUCUGAUCCCGGUCAGUGCGCACGGUACGAAUCCGGCCUCGGCUCAGAUGGCCGGCAUGAAGGUGGAAGCGAUCCGCGUGAACAGUGCGACCGGUGUGAUCGAUAUGGAGCACCUGAAGGAAAAGGUGGAGCAGCACUCGGACCACCUGUCCUGCCUGAUGCUCACGUACCCCUCGACGAACGGCAUCUUUGAGGACAAUGUGGUGGAGGUGUGCGAGCUGGUGCACAAGCACGGUGGCCAGGUGUAUCUGGACGGUGCGAACAUGAACGCCCAGGUUGGAUUGUGCCGGCCGGGUGACUUCGGCAGUGACGUCUCCCAUCUGAACCUGCACAAAACGUUCUGCAUUCCGCACGGCGGAGGUGGCCCGGGCAUGGGUCCGAUCGGCGUAAAGUCCCAUCUGGCACCGUUCCUUCCGACCCAUCCCGUCAUCGAUCCGCAUCCGGAUAUGGACGGUAACAGCUUCGGUGUGGUCAGUGCCGCACCGUACGGUUCGUCCGCCAUUCUGCCCAUCUCCUGGUCGUACAUCAAGCUGAUGGGUGGCCGUGGGCUGCGCCGAGCAACGCAGGUUGCCAUCCUGAACGCAAACUACAUGUCCAAGCGGCUCGAAAACCACUACAAAACGCUCUACACCGAUCCGAAGACGGGGCUGGUGGCGCACGAGUUCAUCAUCGAUGUGCGAGACUUUAAGAAGACGGCCAACGUGGAGGCGGUCGACAUUGCGAAACGAUUGAUGGACUAUGGGUUCCACGCACCGACCAUGUCGUGGCCAGUGUCCGGCACGCUGAUGGUCGAACCGACCGAAUCCGAGGAUAAGGAAGAGCUGGAUCGGUUCUGUGAGGCGAUGAUAUCGAUCCGGAAGGAGAUUCACGAAAUCGAGGAGGGACGAUUGGACGUGCGGGUGAAUCCGCUCAAGAUGGCACCACACACGCAGAAGCAAACCAUCUCGUCCGAAUGGAACCGACCGUAUCCCCGCGAACUGGGAGCGUUCCCGGCGCCGUUCGUGAAACCGGAAACGAAAAUCUGGCCCACGGUUGGACGCAUCGAUGAUCUGUACGGCGACAAGCAUCUGGUCUGCACCUGCCCUCCAAUGGUACCGGAUUACGAGUAAAAAUCGACUCCAAAUCGAACAUUCUUCAAUCUGCCUGACUCUCUGUUAAACGCAAACGCAUUAAACUUAUUUAAAUUUGUACGGAA